AUGCAGUGGCUUCUAUUUACACUGGUCGCUCUUCACAUCGCGACAUUUCCCACAGCUGGUAUGAAAAAUCAGCAUAAUGAUUACCUCAUUUGUACGCCUGAAACUGAAUUCAACCCUGGCGUCUGUGAUUGCACGGCUAGUCGCUGGCGAAAAUGUUUUAUAAAAUUGACAAUUACAAAAAAUAAAUUUGACAAUUCAACACUAAUCGACGAAUCUCAGCUUUUCAGCGUGAACGGAGGGAGAAUUGGGCCAACUAUUAUCGCAAAGUACAAGCAACUGAUAGUCGCUGACGUUUACAAUCUAAUCAACGACAAAGAAGACCCGGACAAUUCUAACGUUUCAAUGCACUGGCAUGGCAUGCAUCAGUUUAAUACCCCAUGGAUGGAUGGUGUCGGUAUGAUCACACAGUUGCCUACGAAACCUCGCGAUGCAUUCAGGUAAAAAAAUAUACACACAUUACAUAUAUACAAAACAAAAUCUUUAUAAUGUCAUUAUACGUUAGAGUAAACACCGAGGGCGGAGGUAUUUAGUCAUAUACAUCCCGAGAGACGAAGGCGAGAGUUUGUAUAUCAGAUACAGAUCGGAUGCGAAUGUUCAAGUAUCGUACUUAAUUAAAAAAUGACCCAUCUUAUGAGUUCAUUGGCGAAGUAAUUUUAAAAAUAAACAUUGUCUAAGCCGAGAAAAUCAAAGCUGAAGUUCAUGUAAAUCAGGACAAAUCUUUAUCCGAUUUACAAGCAUUGAUUAAACAUUCAUUUCUUUUGUAUUUUCCUCGUGAAUUAUUAAUGAAUUUUUUAAGCAUAAAUAAAAUCUAGAAAUGUCAUGAUGUUUUUGUUGCAACUUUAUAAACCCUGGUUUCCAUGUGGUCGAAAUGGUUGUAUAGUUUAUACGGCUGUAAACCACAUAUAAAUCAUAAGUAUUCUCCAGUUAUAAAUCACUCCGCGUAUUUUCAGUUCUAAAAUGUUGUAUUUCGGCUGACGAGAAAGAUCGUGACUCAAUCUUUACGACCGUUACGACCAUAUAGAAACCAUAGGCUUAAUACAACCGCAAACUUACUCGGCAUGGGCUGCUACAACCAGUGAACAAUCUACAUCUUGAAUGCGCGAAAGGAUCCGGCUGAUGUAUACACACAUUAAUAUUAUCUGCAUUAACAAUAUAAACGCUUACUACUUGGGCUACAAUAACAAUGACUCAAGGGUCGCACACGAGAGGAGUUUCCUUUUCAUAUUUCCAGCUAGUGUGUUGAACGCAGUGUACUGUAGCAUUCACUGGCGUUCAUGAAUGAGCCAAUUUGGAGUCUUUUGGACAUUCUUGUCCAAAACAAAUUGAACAAAAUUACCAUUGAUAUUGUGGUGAAAUAUCCUUUACUAGUGAAAUAUUCUUUAAGUGAAUUUAAACUGGGGGUGUUUCAGCACCCAUAACACUUUUCACAGAGGGUUAAUUAGGCAGCUCGUAAUAGGCCUAUUCCUUGCAUGUUUAAAAGAGUGAGCUUUUUCCAACGCCUUCACCCACAGACGAAUUCUUAAAAAAAGGUUCUGGUUUAGAACUGACUAUAGAGUUAUUUGGUAUGAAUUAAUAAAGUUAGUUUUUAAUUACCACAGAAAACAAAGAUUUGAUGAAAUACUUGUGAGCCAGAACUGACUCAAUGUUUAACACACCCAUCUUACAAAUCCUUCGGACAAACUUAGAAUUUAUAUAAUUACCAAUAGAACUUACUUACAAUAGAACUUACAAACUUAGAAUGUGAUCACUCUGUGAUCACUCUGUGGGGAGGGGGCCCUACCAAAAGGGACCAUACUAUACUGAGUGUGGAGAGAUGACAGAUGGUUGGUGUGGUGCUGUAUGUAAUAGUGGGGGGAGGGUCUGGAAUUCUCCCCCAGAAACAUUUUUUAUUUUUCCACUGAAACAAAUUUUUGGAUAUACAGCCAAACUCUGAUCGCUAGUUUUUUUGGGGGAGAGAGAGGGUGGCUUAGCCCUCUGUUUCGCCUUUGUGGAAUGGGGUGAAUCAAUAGGUAAUCACACCACUAAUCUGAAGCGGCCUAUAUAGGAUUGAUCUGAAGACUAUAGCUAUACAAUCAGGAGCAAAAAUUAUUGAGACAACCGCAUAAAUGCACACCUCACCCCCAAUUCAAUGGCGUGUGAAUGACUCGGAGAAGAGAAAAUUCAACCCACUUUUUCCAACAUUGAUCAUGGGGGCGGGGGAGAGGCCGACGUACUUUAAAAUGGCCAAAAAGUGAAAAGCCUCACUAUUUUUGCACGCGAUUGUAGGUCCCCUUAAAAGCCUUAGAAUGGAGGAGUCUAGGCUCUCUUUAAUGGACAACUUGCAUGUCAGACUAAAUUUUAAUCUAAGUAAAGAGCAUCAAACACCAGUCCACAGCUAGAAAGCGAUAAUGAAAUUACUGGUAAAAUUGCAAAAUUUGGUUGCGAAAUGUUGUAAAGCUUGGAAAAUAUAGUCUUGCAAAGUUUGUAUAUGUUUGUAUUACGUGCGGAAAUUGUUACCAUUUUCGACUCAAAAGUGGUAACAAUUUCCGCACGAAAUACAAACAUAUAUAUACAAAAAAAGCAAGACUUCGAUUCGCAAGGCUAUAUUUUCCGAAUUUUACAACAUUUCGUAACCAAAUUUUGCAAUUUUACUAAGUUCUUUACGGGAAUUAAAUUUUUUGCCAAGAUCAAAAAUUUAAUUAGUCUAACAUGCAAGUUGCUAACUAAAUCAGAGUUAGGCCCUUUUAAACAGAGCCUGGAUUUGCUUGAAUAGGUCUUUAAAGACUUUAACCAAGUCUUUAAAUUCUAGGUAUGUGCUUCGCGCAUAUCCUGGUGGAACACAUUGGUAUCACUCUCACAUGCUAUUGCAAAGAGACGAAGGCAUUCUUGGUGCUUUGAUCGUACGAGAUAGACAUACCAAGAAGACUAGAAAACUGUUUAAGAAAGUAGUGGACAAUCCGGGAAAAACAAUGCUAGCUAUUCGCGAUAAAGUCCAGCUCCAGGCUCCUGUGCGUGGCGCAAAGCUUGCCAAAAAAUCUGACAUAUGUGAGCCGGACCGCUCAAUGUUCCCUCUUUUCCCGCUCUUUAAUAACAGAGUAACCCUAGAACCGUUGAGCAUAAAUGGAGUGAAAUUGGGUCAUAAGUUACCCAUGGCCAAAUCAAUACUCCCCAAGGAUUUGAGACCAAUCUUCUAUGUGAAACGGGGAAAGAAAUUUCGCUUUCGAAUUCUCGGAAUAAUGGCUGCUGACGUUCUCCGAAUUUCUAUUGACAAACAUAAGUUGCAUGUCGUGUCUGCUGAUGGCUAUCUUACAAGACCCUUCACAACUGACCUUUUAGUCGUUCACAUUGCGGAGCGUUACGACUUCAUUCUGAAGGCCAAUCUGAAAGAUCACAAGGCUGGAACAGUUUUUCCAAUUCGAAUCGAGACCAUCGCAGUAAAAUGUGACAAUUAUACCACUCCACAAAUGGUUGGCUACGCGUACCUUCAAUAUACCGACAGCGACACUCCGGAGGAACCAAUUUUAGUCGAUCAUUAUGGCGACAAACAUCGUUGCGAAGUCGAGAAAUGCACAGCGCUGAACUGUCCAUUCCAGAACUACCCUCCAGAGGCCAAUAUCACAUGCCACAAUGUUCGGGAACUUCGUUUGCUCAAUCCAACACCAAAAAAUCAGCUCCCUCAACACACCGGCAAAGUUGAGGAACGAUUUUUGAACUUUGCUUUUCGCGGCGGCCCAGUAAUUAACGGUAUCGAAAAUAGACUGCCCCGAAAUAUCCCUUUUGUUAACUCCGGAAACGAAGAUGUUGUAAACGAAUGUAGUUAUGGCCGUGAAAAUUGCUCGCUACCGUGCGCGCAGGCUAUUUAUCUUGAGAGGAACAGCGCGAGUAAAGCUGACGGGACAUUUUCACCUCAAACUAUACGAUUUGUGCUUUCGUCGAUUGCAGAAAACUUCGACGGGACCGCCCCAAAUGUCGCGACACAUCCAGUCCAUUUACACGGCCAUUCGUUCUUCGUGACAAAGAUCGGUUACCCACCUUAUGACGCAAAUGGCGCUAUCGUCGGAAUGAACCCGAAUUUAACGCAACCGGCAGCGGACGCAACUUGCGGACCUGCGCAUUGGACGAAUGGAGAACGGCCGUCGGACAUCGUGGUCGACCGUCGCACAGUUCGUAAAGACGUGAUUAUUGUCCCCGCGGGCGGUUACGUGGUCAUCGAGGUUCUGGCAGAUAACCCUGGAUGGUGGUUUUUGCAUUGUCACAUUGAUGCGCACAGCAGUAACGGGAUGGCAAUCGCGAUUUCCGAACUUCCCAGCUGUCAAACCACCCCGAAAAAUGACAAGUAUAAGGUUAAACACCCUUAUUGGCUUUCCAAAUUAAGAUACGUUAGACAUCAGUUGUUCAAUAACGUAUGCGAUAUUAAG